AUGUCCCUGAAGCUUCGUCUCUCUCUAGCCUGUGCUCUUUUCGGAUAUCUAGCCACUUGCGCUGUCUGGCAGCCUGCUGUUGGCGCAAAAUGGGAUAUCAACCUACUGGGCGACGCCAAUAUCUCUACAGUAACUGCUGAUAUAUUUGACUUUGAUCUUUUUGAUAACACCGGGAAUACUCUUGACGCCAGCAGACUAAACACUUCCAAGAUUGAUACCUUACACAGGGCUGGCAAGAAAGUUAUCUGCUACUUCAGCGCUGGUUCGUACGAGAGCUGGCGCCCUGAUGUUGGCAGUUUCAGGGCAGGUGAUUGGGGCUCACCUCUUGAUGGCUGGGCGGGGGAGUACUGGCUUAACCUCAGGAGUUCUAAUGUUGCUGCCAUCAUGCGAAGGCGUAUUGCCCUUGCUGCAAGGGCCGGAUGCGACGCUGUUGAUCCUGAUAACAUGGAUGCAUAUGAAAAUGAUAAUGGAAUGGGGAUGACAAGGCAGGAUUCUAUCAACUUCAUGAGAAACGUUUUAGCCCCUGCCGCGAGCGCCGCUGGUCUUGCCAUUGGUCUUAAGAAUGGUGGCAGCAUUAUCUCAUCCGUGCUCGACGUUGUCCAAUUCGAAAUCAAUGAGCAAUGUGCCGAGAACGCUGAAUGCAGCACCUACUUGCCCUUUAUCAGGGCUGGCAAGCCUGUCUUCCACAUCGAGUACCCCGCUGGUGACAAUACCAGCCCGACUGUACUCAGGACCUCGCAGUUGGCCCCGUACUGCACCGUGGAUCCCGCAGGAACUGACAUUUCCAAAUUCAGCACUGUUCUGAAAUUAAUGAAUCUCAACAGAUUUGUCCAGACUUGUGACGGCAGGGUCAAAAACAAUUGA